AUGGCGACCUUGGAGGAGAAUAGGACGCUCUUGGAGGAGAUUAAAACCUUGGAGGAGGAGAUUAAAACCUUGGAGGAGAAUAGGACGUUCUUGGAGGAGAUUAAGACCUUGGAGGAGGAGAUUAAAACCUUGGAGGAGAAUAGGACGUUCUUGGAGGAGGAGAUUAAGACCUUGGAGGAGGAGAUGACGUUCUUGGAGGAGGAGAUUAAGACCUUGGAGGAGGAGAUGACGUUCUUGGAGGAGGAGAUUAAGACCUUGGAGGAGGAGAUGACGUUCUUGGAGGAGGAGAUUAAGACCUUGGAGGAGGCGAUUAAGACCGUGGAGGAGAAUAGGACGUUCUUGGAGGAGGAGAUUAAGAUCGUGGAGGAGGAGAUUACGGCCUUGGAGGAGGAGAUGAAGACCUUGUAG